GACGCUUUUUAAGUCAACAAAAAGGCUUGCGACUGUCUUCGUUUGGAUCUGUGUAACUACGAGUUGUAAGCGAGAGAGAAAGGUGCCAUGAGCGGGAAAAACGAUGGUUCGAAGAAAGCGCUCGUGGACGACAAUCCGUGCGGCUAGAGAGCGAAUAACCACAUCCGAUGUCGGAGUGGGAUCGUUUUUAAAUAGUUUCGACGAGAAGCAACUUUCAUACUUGUCAAAUGAAAUCUAUCAUUAUGUCCUUUUGGUUCUUUCCUUCUCAUCGUUCACUGCUGGUCAUUCGAACACUUGUUAUAUUCUAUCUUCUCGGAAACAUAUCUGGUUCUGAAGUUUUGCAUGAAACAAUCCAACCGAAAGGCUUGCGGUUUGUUACCAGCUGUCUUCUUUUAUUAUGGCAUCCUUGCGCAGGCGGAAAGGGUAAGCACUCAUUUGAGAUGACCAUCGAUUACAACCAAACAGCGAUAUUAAAAAUUAUAGAACAGGUGACAACUGUGACUCCACCAUUAAUACGUACACUCCACAACAGAAGUUCUCAAAGUCAGCCGCGUAGAAGAUUGCGUAAGCGAAGGACGGAAGCAAGGCAUGUCGCUGUGAGUGGUUCAUCGUCUGUGGUUGAUCCCAAAGAUGUUACAGUAGCUUUUCCUGAUAAAAAUAUCAAUGCAUCAUUGCCGCGCAGUGAGGCGCUGCACAACGCUGCGAUAUCACCUUGUACCAGUAAGUCGCCAAUUUACUAGUCAACUUUGACGGAGGAUCGGAACGCGUCGUAUGUAACAUGACGUUGUCUUGCAGCAUGUACAGUUGACAAAGUGAGAGCGGAAGCUUACAUU